AACAAAGAAAAAUCAAUAAAAUUAAAACUUUUGGACUCUUUUUUAAAUUGAAAUUUUGCAAUUUCUUAUUUUUUCUUGAGCUCGUUGUCAACCCUCAUUGCAUGUUUUUAUGGAUAUGUACAUUGUAUUUUCUCGUUAAACACUAUUAUUAUAAUUGAGAGGAAGUUUUCGAUGCAACGAAAUAUGAAGAAGAAAUUGCUAGGAUGUAGGCGGGUUUACCAAAGAGGUGGGAAUGCUAGAAAGGCAAGAUUUUUAGAACUUACUUUGCUACAGAUCGUUAGAAAAUAAUAUCUUUAUCACAUAGUUUUCAAUUCAUGAAACCUGCGAAAGAAAUGCGAUUAUUAUGUUGGAUUAUAUCGUUAUAUUUGAAUGCAUUUGCCAUUUGACAUGGACGUCACUGUUGCCUGCACAUGCUGCAGGCGUAUGACAUUUCUCUUAUACACAAGGUGAUCAAUGGCGGACGACAAUGGCAGGUACUCCUGCUGCAGAUGAUGAUUUGUUCGUUUCCAUUAAUCUUAGUAACGAUUUUUCAAGUCUAAGUAACAAAAAGAGCAGUCAAAAUGAAAGUGAUGCAGAUGACGAGUCUUCUAACCAAAGAAGUUUCGAUUCUGUAGAGAGUUCCCAGCCUGGUUGGUCUGUCGUUGAAGAUGGCCUGGACUCACCGUUCGUUGUGGACGAACAAAACUUGAUACCAGAAAGCAACAAUUUUCCUGAUGCUGACUCUGAUGAAGACAUUCUUAAGAAAGACGAUGCCCUUAGACUAGUAAGGGCAAGACAAAAGCUAAAGUUAACUUCUGUUGGAUCGAGCAACUCGACUUCAAGUACAAACAGUGAUGUUGAUGGUGAUAAUCAAAGCAGGAAAAGAUCAGCAGUCGACGGUCUUCUGUUUGAAAUAUACGAGCGAUAUUCCACUCGUGAGACUUGCAAGUCAAUCGACAGUGACAACAUUACAGAAUGUUCAACAACAAGCAGCACAUUUUGUUUCGCCUCAAGCCUAGAUAACGAUGAGACAAGAGUGAGGCUGGACAAGUCAUACUUGGAAACAAAAGAUUUAGAAGAACUUGCACUUCUUGUCAAGGAAAUGAGGAGGAGUACUAACAUGAUGUCAUCAAAACUUGUUAGAUUGUUAAAACAGAGAGACAGAAAUGCACACAAGUUGCAACAGAAUUUUGAUAUGCUAACUGCUAUCUUACAAGCAGUUUCUCUAAAAAGAAGAGUUGAUACAAGAAUAAGAUUCUCAUUCAUUCCAAGUCCAGGAAAGAAAGGGUUUAGACAGUGGCAUGACGCAUUCAAAUCUGUUGUUAGACUGUCUGAUGGCAUACCUCCUCAAUGGAGAAAGAGGACAUGGGUGUCUCUGGCUGAAUAUUGUGUAAAAGAUCAAAACUGGAAUAAAGUGCGACGGAACUGCUUCAACGAUAGAAGGAACCCGGAAGACGAUGAGCUGGAUACACAAAUUGUAAAGGACCUACACAGAACUGGGUGUAGUUGGUUUUUUGAAUCAGAUACUGAAGGGGAACGAGCAAGCCUUAAACGAGUUCUGUUGGCCUAUGCUCGCUGGAAUAAGUCCGUUGGUUAUUGUCAAGGUUUUAAUGUCAUCGCAGCAUUGAUUCUUCAAGUCGUUGAGGGAAACGAAGAAGAGGCUUUGAAGGUGAUGAUUUAUUUGGUUGACUUCAUACUGCCCAGGAAUUACUUCGCAAAUAACCUAAGGGCAUUGUCAGCUGACAUGGCCGUGCUUAGAGAACUAAUGUCAAUCAAAUUGCCACAGCUGGCUAAACAUCUAGACAAUCUGCAAAGAGAAUCCAUUGCAGUACAAAGCCAGUUUCCAGGCAAUAGCAGUUAUGAGCCGCCAUUGGUCAACGUAUUCACAAUGCAGUGGUUUCUCACUUUAUUUGCCACUUGUUUGCCUCGUGAAACUGUUUUGCGAAUAUGGGACGCUGUCUUGCUUGAAGGCUCUGAGGUGCUGUUAAGAGUAGCGCUUGCAAUUUGGGCGAUAUUAGCCGACUACUUGGAUAGUACUAAAACGGCUGCUGAUUUUUACUUGAAAAUGGGCUCUCUGUUGUCUAAAAUGAUGGAUGAAGAGUUCAUUAGCGGACCAAAGCUAAUGGAGACGGUGUUCACUUUGGCUCCAUUUCCUUAUCGGAAAAUCGUUGAGCUUCGCGAGAAAUUCACAUAUGACAUACACCCGUUUUCGACCUUUGGAAAGGAUAAUUCAAACGAAAAGAGCAGUGGAAAGCUAGUCCAGCCCGAUGUCAUCAGUGAUGAAGAUGGAAAUGAUAGCGAGGCUGACAAUGGUGUUGUAGGCUGCCUCGGUUUUCUUCCAAUUUCUAGCACCGAAAGUCUGGCCAAGGCGGCGUCGGCAGAUUUGGAGAAAACCCCAUCCAAAAAUGAUAUUGCUGCAGCAAGCCCUGGUGCUGUUGAUACGGACCCAGACAGUCAAAAAGAGUUUAGUCAACAGAGGGCAGCAGCUGAGAAGCGAAGAGAAAAGGAGAAUUUGGAUAUCAAUCAUUUGCAAAAACAAUACAUGCGCAUGCGUAAGCUGCAGAAAAAGAAUAUGCUGGUUUUCAAUGGCUUCACGAGUCAGACGACAAGGCCAAAGGACGAGAUGAGGUCAAAGGCAAUAAAUCAUUUGUUUAUUGACCUGCCUAACUUUGAAAAAGAUCGAAGGAAAAAACGAGUUGACAGGUAUCCGUUUACAUCGAAAAUUGCCAGAGCGAACAGUGCAAAUCGUAGUCAAAUUGCUGGGAAUUCUAGUUCAGUAAUAUCUGAGGUUGGAAUAAGAAAGGAAGAAAGAGUUGAUCCUGGAGGUGCAACAACAUUAUCGUAUAGUAAAGUCAUAAACGCGACUGAGACGCAGCAAGUUGAAACGCUAAGAACUAAACCUUCACAAGACCAGUUAAAACACAAAGUUGCUGGAGGAGAUUUAGAUUCAAACGACAGUUUCUUGGAUUCGUCCUAUUUUAGGGUUGACAGGAAAGCAUUGUAUCCUAUAAAUUUUAAGCCGUUUCCUCAAAGAUCGCAAGUGUCAAAAAGUAAACUAUUAAUGUCAAACCAAGCAACAGCGACCCAAAGCAAACAGACUAAAGGCGGUAGCAGUGCUCCAGUUCGAUGACAUCACGUGUCGAAUCAUUCGAAGCCUCCGUCUCACAAUGUUGAAUUCGAGGUUGUUCAUUUUAUUGAUGGUGUGCCCUUUGGAAAAUGUUCGAUGUUUCUUCAUUUCAGAGACUUUUAUCGAAAUUACCUAUACAGUAUCUUAGUCAAUUUAAACGUUUGGCUUUUCCUUUAACGGAUGUUUACUUUGUUACGAUCCUUCACAGCUGAAUAAAUCUUGUAUUGCUUUCAAGCAAGCUUGUAAAAAACAACAUUUUUCGCAAUUAUUUUCGCUUUUCCUUGAAAAGGCAGUUAAAAUAUUUACAUAGUUUGGGGAAACUGAGAGCAUGUAUUUUAUGACUGGUAUUUUUAAAUAACUGUCUUUUGUAGGAAUAUCGUGCAUUCACUUCUGACAUUUCACUUGUUGAUGCAGAAAGUUUUGGGUAAUGUAUGCAAUGUAGCGACGUAAAAUAGAUAGACGUAAAGCAGUUCCAGAAGCAGUUUAUGAUGGAUGCAUCCUGCACUCCCAUUUCCCCUCCUCUCCCCUCCCCUUCCCUCCCCUUCCCUCCACCUUUCCCCCUCCCCCCUUCUUUCUCUCCAUUACUUUUGCUUACAAUGAAUCCGCCUUGAUUGCAAAUGAUUUGCUUAAAUAAAAGACAAUCCUUGGAAUACAAAAUGCUGCAGAAAUUAUUAUUUCAGAGAGGGGAAAUCAAACCUUUGUAUCAGGUUGAUACCCAGAUCUUGAAACACAAAGUACCAUGUUAGCCGUUUUGCUGUACCCUACCCGUUUUGUCAGUAUCAAGUGUGUUGAGAUAUUGACACCAGAACUGGCGAGCAUAAUAGUUGUAUCCUUAAAACUGACUGCGAUCUCUAUUUUCAAACAGAUAGUAAGUAUCAAUUGGAAAUGAUGCGACAAUUCCGUUUCUGACCCGACAAAAUCUUCUUAUCUAGCUUUCUCUUUUUCACCACACUGCAUGGGAGAUGUGUGUUUAGACAUAUGUUUAUUAGUAUAUUCCUCAAUAUUUUGCAAUUAUUUUUGUUUCUUCGAUCCUCUAUCUUAAUUUUGUUGCUUAGUAAAUGCAGAAUAGACCUUUAAAUUCAUUCAAAUGGAAUAAUUUUGCAGAUUAGUUGGUUGAUAAUGUUAUAUUUAUGGGGGUAUCUUUAAGCGAACAAGGGGCAGUUGUUAAUAUUUAUGGGGAUAUAGUCCUUGAUAUUCACAAAAACCUAAAGAAUGCAACUCCAUUUAAUUUUGUAUAAAUUUUGGUAGGAGCUAAUUGCAUUUUUCAAGUCAAAACUCUAAUAUCAGAGUUUGCUUUAUCAAUUUUACAGUUAAAAAGGCUUCAAUUCCUUUGUGAGAAAUUUCACCUCAGUCCCCAGAACUAUGAAUUAAUUGCCACAUACUCAUUGAUGAAUAGCAUCCAAAAACCAUCAUUUACGCAUAGAUUUUAUUUAUAGAAUUACUUGUUCAGUAGUUUAAAAUGCAGAUUAAAAACCAUGAAUGCAACGUA